ACCCCGUUCCCUCUUCCACAUAACCUACACUAACAUUUUCCCACACACUCCACAACACACAAGAAACACCAUGGAUAUUUGGUCAUGGAUAUGUGAGCUCCCAAACUCUGUGGAGUGGACCGAGUCUGACUCGCCACUCAUGUUCGAACUGGCGAGUGAAGAGAAGGACGAGUCAGCUCGUUCCAUCCACCUCAAAGCUGAGAGAACCUCCGGGUCUGACUCGGAAGCGGUGGUCACCUUCACCGUAUGCUUGCAGGGUUUUCACCCUCACAACGCCCACAAGCCUCUGUGGGUCUCCGAAAAGUGCCACCUUUCAUCACAAAACCCCUUCCUCCCUCUCCUCCUCCAACUGCUCCAAGAAAUCAUAUCCAGCUCUCCCACGGCGCACGAUAGCACCUGCCCCCGCUCCCAGCUCCAGAAACUCAAGCCCGAACCCAUCGCAUGGAUCAUGGACUCUCACACACCCGAGUCCCUCUCCACCUUCUUCAACCUCGUCUUCACCAUGCGCCUCUUCUGGCUCUGCGCGUUCCAAGCGCCCCCCGAAGCCGGCUCGCUCUACUUCCACUCCCUCCUCACUCCCACCCUCGAAUCGGCGUCGUCCAAACUCGCCUCCGUCCUCCGCACCUUCUUCAUCACCGUCGGCGUCGACACCGAACUCUGCUUCAUGCGUACCCUCGGUUACAUCAUAACAAAACUACACAUGAUAAAAGAACUGAGCGUAGGGUUAGGUUUAAAAACGCUCGUGCCUUCCCCCAGAUUCUCUUACGCGACGGAGGCUCACGGUCUCUGGAUCCUGAAGGGUUACUCCCCGGUAAUGAAUAUGAAACUGGUGCGAAGCAACGCUCAAAAAAGUCAAUUCUGCGGCAUCGACGCGAAGGAGUCCAUUCUCCGUUACGCUCUGGCGCACCACCAACUUGAGGCACACGUGCAGAUAGAGUACACCGUUGGAUUCUGCGAGGGGUUCAUCCAGGUUCGUGCACGUCUGGAUAACAUACGCCUCCAGGUGGCGAGGCUAGGUUUCAACCAAAACGACGAAGUGGAUUUCAUCGAGGAGAAACACUUUCCGUCCCGGGGUAGGGUGUGGGUUGGCCCGGAGAUCGGAGCGACUUACUGUGGCGGGCUGAGCUUGGGGCGGUCGACGGAGAACAGAGAGAGCGAAGUGGAACUCCAAAAGGUGGUGAAGGGUAAUUUGGAGAAGUCGGAGGGUUCUAACGUGACAGCGUCGGCGAGGUCGUCGAGGAGGACGCGAAGUAGGAGUUGGAGAAUGGACCAGGACGCGGAGGGCAACGCAGCCAUAUUCGACGUGGUUUUGCAUGAUAAUGGUACGGGCGUGGAAGUGGGGUCGUUGAAGGGCACAAGUGAAACGGGUGAUGAGCGUGUUCAUGGACUGAGAGGGCGAUACGUGAGGGGAAACAGAGCGUUUACCAAAAGCGGAUCGGUGGUUAUUGCAGGAGAUGAAUAUGGAGAAGAAGUGGGGUGGAGGCUGAGCAAAGAGAUGGAAGGGAGUGUGUUGAAGUGGAGAAUUGGUGGAGAGUUUUGGCUUACCUAUUUGCCCAACCUAACCAAGGGUUCUUAUUAUGAAACUAGGUAUAUUGAGUGGUGUGAUGAAGUUGACUUGCCUCUUAUUCAUGCCAAAACACCAUAGCCACGCAUUUGUGAGCAGCAGAAGUUUGGGUGUAGAUGUAUGUACAAUAAACUUGGAAAUUAGUAAGGUUAGUUAGUGUGUCUGUUGUGGUUAAGAAAUAUAUGUUUCUGCAUACUUAAACACAAACGUCUUAUGUGUAAGACUCAUUUCCUAGUUCCAUAGCCUCUAUGUACAUACAGUAAGGUCAUAUUCAUGGCAAGUAGUUGUAAGACUCAUUUCCAAGUGCUUUUAUAAUAUUUAAUUUCUACGAAA